CAACAACUGGACAUAAUAGUAACAACGCCGAGUCGUCUUUUGUCUGCGCUCAAUCACAAAUCAGAUUUAUGUGCGAAUUUGAGGCAUAUUGUUGUUGACGAAGCAGAUUUACUUCUUUCGUUUGGAUACGAAGACGACGUUAAAAACUAUAAUAAUGGUAAGAUUGCUUCCAGAAAACUGAAAGAAUAUCUUCCUCAGUCAUAUCAAACCAUAUUCACCUCCGCCACUCUGUCUGAAGAUAUCGGUCCGUUGAAAGAGGCAUUCUUACGUGGAUCUCUCGUUACACUGAAACUCAAAGUACACAACUUAAGUCAUAAUCAGCUAUCUAAAGGGUUGUUGAAUGGUCAACUGAUAUUUGUGUUCAAUUUAAGAGUCGGCUUGUUUCUCGAAGCGUUCAAGAUACGCUCUUGCAUCGUCAACGCUGAAAUGCCGUAUAACAGUCGGUGCCAUGUUGUGAACGAGUUCAAUGAAGGCAGAUACAACUACAUAAUCGCAUCCGACUUGAACGAUGUCUUCGCAAAUGACUCAUCGCAGCAAAACGAUAGCAAUGACGUUGGUUUUAAAUAUUACUUUUCAUCAGGUCGUCGUCAUAUUCCAACAGCGGUGAAGGUACAUCAGAAGAAAGAAAAAAGAAAGCGUAAAAAAUGGGAUAAAGAGUCGGGUGUAUCUCGUGGUAUCGACUUUCAUCACGUUUCGAACGUUAUCAACUUUGACUUUCCAACCGCAAUCGAUUCUUAUAUACAUCGUGUUGGAAGGACUGCACGUGGCUGGAAUAAAGGAACCGCGUUAUCGUUCGCGAUACCUAGCGAAAAGCAAUUCGUUGAUGAAAUCAGUGAAUAUAUUAAUGAGAUGGGCUCAGUAAUAAUGCCUUACGAAAUACGAAUCAAAGAACUGGAAUCAUUCGUUCUGAGAGCAAGGGAAGUGCUCGCAGCGUGCACACGAAGUGUGAUUCGAGAGGCGCGAUUGGCUGAAAUUAAAGGAGAAAUUUUGCGAUCAAAGAAACUGGACAGUUAUUUCGCAAAGAAUCCCCGCGAAAAAGCAACACUCGAGCAAGACAAACGACUGCAUUCAUUGUCUUUACAUAGUCCUGCAAUUGCAGACGUUCCCGAUUACAUGGGUCAGUUCAUUUUGAAUGCAUUUACCAAUUAUUUCUAUGAAAAUGAGAAUAGUAAUUAUGAGUUUUCUACGCCUCUACCGAUCGCAGAUAUUGCACUCUGCUGUGUCAGUGUUAACCUUUUACUUCCCCUAGUGCACUGA